CCGGGGGCGGGACUUGGGGACCAGCCGGGGCUGGACCGCGGGGAGACUCGCGGCGAGCGGCUGAUUGUUCGGCCGUGAGGUCUGUGGGACUCUGGUUGCUCGGAGAAGAGCCGAGCCGAGUCUGACCCUGCCCUCAGCGCGGGACCGGCGAGGCGCGCGGGGCCUGGGGAGCGCGCGGGCGGCCGUCCAGCCGAGGGUCUCCAGCGGGAGGAUGCCCGCCCGCGCCGGGCUCGGGCUUUGAGGCUAAGCGCCUGCCUGGGAGCCGCGACACCUGGCGUGCGCCGGAGCGCGGCGGGAGGACGAGAAGCGCCGGCCCAGCAGCCCUCGCCGGGACCCCGCGGGCUUCGCAUCGGGCGCGGGGCGAGUCGGUCCGGAUGGGCGCGCAGUUGGCGGCCCCCGCCGGGCGCUGUGGAGCGGCCGGGAUCGCGGGGGCCCGCUGAGCGCGGGAGCCGCGGCCGCGGGGAGAACCGGUGCGGGCCGGCCAUGUCCCAGCCCGGAGCCUAGAUCGGAGCGGAGCCCCCCGCGGGCCUGCCCGGGCUUGCGGCCGCCCCGGGACCUCGCCGUCCCCGCGCCGGGAGUUUGCGAGGGCGCUCCAGACAAGAUGGCGCGGCCGGUCCGGGGAGCGCUCGGGGCCCCGCGCCGCCCGCCCUGCUUGCUCCUCCCGUGGCCGCUGCUGUUGCUGCUGCUGCUUCGGCCGAAGCCCGCGACGGCGGAGGAGCCGUGCGCGGCCGCCUGCACUUGCGCCGGGGACUCGCUGGACUGCGGCGGGCGCGGGCUGGCGACGCCGCCCGCGGACCUGCCCUCCUGGACGCGGAGCCUAAACCUGAGUCACAAUAAACUCUCUGAGAUUGACCCUGCUGUUUUUGAGAACUUGCCGAAUCUACAGGAAGUGUACCUCGGAAAUAAUGAACUGACAUCCCUACCGUCCCUGGGUGCUGCAUCGAGGCAUGUCAUCUCUCUCUUUCUGCAGCACAAUAAGAUUCGAAGUGUGGAAGGAAGUAAGCUGAAGCCAUACCUGUCCUUGGAAGUGUUGGAUCUGAGUUCAAACAACAUUACAGAAAUCCGGAGUGCCUGCUUUCCACAUGGACUGAACAUAAGGGAGCUAAACCUGGCGAGCAACCGCAUCGGCACCCUGGAGUCUGGAGCAUUUGAUGGUCUGUCUCGGUCGCUGCUGACUCUUCGCCUGAGCAAAAACAGAAUCACCCAGCUUCCUGUGAAAGCCUUCAAGCUCCGCAGGCUGACACAAUUGGACCUCAACCGGAAUCGGAUUCGGCUAAUCGAAGGGCUCACGUUCCAUGGACUCGACAGCUUGGAGGUGCUGAAGCUUCAGCGAAACAACAUCAGCAAGCUGACGGAUGGUGCCUUCUGGGGGCUGUCCAAGAUGCAUGUCCUGCACCUGGAGUACAACAGCCUGGUGGAAGUGAACAGUGGCUCGCUGUAUGGCCUCACAGCUCUGCACCAGCUGCACCUCAGCAACAACUCCAUCUCUCGCAUUCACCGUGAUGGCUGGAGCUUCUGCCAGAAGCUCCAUGAGUUGAUUCUGUCCUUCAAUAACCUCACACGGCUAGACGAGGAGAGCCUGGCAGACCUGAGCAACUUGAGUGUGCUGCGCCUUAGCCACAAUGCCAUCAGCCACAUCGCCGAAGGCGCCUUCAAGGGACUCAAGAGCCUGCGCGUCCUGGACCUGGACCAUAACGAGAUAUCCGGCACAAUCGAGGACACCAGUGGCGCCUUCACGGGGCUUGACAGCCUCAGCAAGCUGAGUCUGUUUGGAAACAAGAUCAAGUCUGUGGCUAAGAGAGCAUUCUCGGGGCUGGAAGGCCUGGAGCACCUGAACUUGGGGGAGAAUGCCAUCCGGUCUGUUCAGCCUGAUGCCUUUGUGAAGAUGAAGAAUCUCAAAGAGCUCCGCAUCAACAGCGAGAGCUUCUUGUGUGACUGUCAGCUGAAGUGGCUGCCGCCGUGGCUCGUGAGCAAGACGCUGCAGGCCUCGGUGACCGCCACCUGCGCCCACCCCGAGCUGCUGAAGGGCCAGAGCAUUUUCUCCGUGCCGCCGGAGAGUUUCGUGUGUGAUGACUUCCCAAAGCCACAGAUCGUCACCCAGCCAGAGACGACUGUGGCUGUGGUGGGCAAGGACAUCCGCUUCACAUGCUCAGCAGCCAGCAGCAGCAGCUCCCCCAUGACCUUUGCCUGGAAGAAGGACAAUGAGGUCCUGACCAACGCCGACAUGGAGAACUUCGCACACGUCCGUGCGCAGGAUGGGGAAGUGAUGGAGUACACCACCAUCCUGCACCUCCGUCAUGUCACUUUUGGGCACGAGGGCCGCUACCAGUGUGUCAUCACCAACCACUUUGGCUCAACCUACUCACACAAGGCCAGGCUCACUGUGAAUGUUUUGCCAUCAUUUACCAAAAUUCCCUACGACAUUGCCAUUCGGACUGGAACCAUGGCCCGGCUCGAGUGUGCUGCCACCGGCCACCCCAACCCCCAGAUUGCCUGGCAAAAGGACGGCGGCACUGACUUCCCUGCGGCUCGGGAGCGCCGCAUGCAUGUCAUGCCUGACGAUGACGUGUUCUUCAUCACGGAUGUGAAAAUAGACGACAUGGGCGUUUACAGCUGCACCGCCCAGAACUCAGCUGGCUCCGUCUCAGCCAACGCCACCCUGACUGUCCUAGAGACCCCAUCCUUGGCAGUGCCCUUGGAAGACCGCGUGGUGUCCGUGGGAGAAACAGUAGCCCUGCAAUGCAAGGCGACCGGGAGCCCGACACCCCGCAUCACCUGGUUCAAGGGGGACCUUCCCUUGAGCCUGACCGAGCGGCACCACUUCACCCCGGGCAACCAGCUGCUCGUGGUUCAGAAUGUGGUCGCGGAGGACGCGGGCCGGUACACCUGCGAGAUGUCCAAUACCCUGGGCACGGAGCGCGCGCACAGCCAGCUGAGCGUCCUGCCCAGCCCUGGCUGCAGGAAGGACGGGACCACGGUGGGCAUCUUCACCAUCGCCGUGGUGUGCAGCAUCGUACUGACGUCGCUGGUGUGGGUGUGCAUCAUCUACCAAACCCGGAAGAAGAGCGAGGAGUACAGUGUCACCAACACAGAUGAAACCAUUGUGCCGCCAGAUGUUCCGAGCUACCUCUCUUCUCAGGGGACACUGUCUGACAGGCAGGAGACAGUGAUCAGGACCGAGGCUGCCCAUCAGGCCAAUGGGCACAUUGAGAGCAAUGGUGUCUGUCUGAGAGAUUCGGGCCUCUUCCCAGAGGUCAGCAUUCACGGCCUUGCAUGUAGGCAGCCUCGGCUCUGUGUGGGAUAUAACAAAGAGCCCUGGAAAGCGGGGGACAAAGCCAGCGGGACCCACGGUUCACACAGGAUGGAACCCAGCGGCCUUGCUGUGUGCAGUGACUGCAGCCCAGACGUGGACAGCUGCUCCAAGGAAGCCUUCCCUCCUCAGCCUGUGUCUAGAGACAGUGCACAGCCAAGUGCGCCCGGCGGCCAGGAGCCCAGGCUGACGCACCGAGAACAUUCUCCACACCAUCCUCCCAGCGGGACUGCGGAUGGCUCGCUCACUGACCGCACAGCGCCCCUCUACCCCAGUAACCACGACAGAAUGCUGCCGUCCACCAAGCAGCAGCCAGUGGCCUCUUUGGAUGGGAAAGGGGAUUUUUCAUGGACUUUAACCAGGCUGUAUGAACCGGACUCCACAGACUUGCAGCCUUCCUCUACAUUAACUUCGGGUGACCCGGAGCUCACGGACGCCCCCUCGGGCCUUCCUGCUGCCGCCAGCGAGGCCCAGCACUUGCUGGUGUCCAACGGCCACCUCCCCAAGGCCUGUGACUCCAGUCCGCAGUGCACACCACUGACGGGACAGCUCCCCGGGACACGGAGGGGACCACUGCUAUUGGCACCGAAAAGCUAGGCCCUGCCUGCCUCAGCGCCGUGUGCGCAGGACGGAGGAAGCCUGGGUUCAGCGUCGCUUGUCUGUACAUAGUCCCACUUCCUGCGGAGGCCAGCGGCUGCUCACGGGACUCGCGUCUGCAGCCCAGAAAUGCAAGAGGUUGUGUACAAAGGCAGAAAGUAUUUGAUACCGUUGUACAUAAGAGUUUUCAGAGAUUUCAUAUAUAUUAUAUAUCUUUUACAGAGGCUAUUUUAAUCUUUAGUGCAUGGUUAACAAAGAAGUAUACAAUUUUGACAAUACUAUUUUUUCAUACCAGGUUGCUGUCAGAUUUGAGUAUGGUCAAGAAAUAGUUCUGGUGCCUUAAUGCAUGGCUGAAAUUGCGAGGUGAACAACUGCAUUUGUGUCCUGGCUGGUGGGGGGGAAGGCUGGUGAGUUUGUGGCUGGCUUUUCCGCAGCCGCCCGCACAGACACAGCCUACCUGACAUGUGUGCUGUUGGUGUGGAUUUCAUCCUCCCUUUACAGAGGAGAAUGAGGGUUAACUCACCCUGAAAUGGCUCAGAAUGAUCAAGCACUGCCUUCCUUCUUUGCAGCUCAUUUUGUGAUAAAAGCAAAUGUGGUCGUGUAGGUCAGUACCCUCGGGUUAUUUGAAAGUUUUUAUUAAGGUAAAGGCUGCUGUUGUUGGUACCUGUGGAUUUUUUUCAGUAGUUUUUAGUUCUGCUACUAAAACACUCUAUCAGGAAUAACAAGGACAAAGUUCUCGCUUUUCAGGGCUAGCUUAUUUCUACUGGGGAGCAGGCCUGUCCCCCUCCCUCAGGCAGAGGGAGCUGGGCUCACACCGUACAAGAUUCAGCUCUAGACCUGAGGCUAUUUAUUUGCACUUUGAGACCUACCCAUCUUGUGCCAACAUGAAAUUCAGUAAAACCAACCAAGGUCCUUAAAAUGUCAGAAACAAGUUCCUUCAGCCGCAGUGCUGAACGGAGGCCUGGCUCUGCCGUUGGAGGUCACUGUCCGUAAGGUAAGCACAUUCAACAUGCUGUUCUCAGCAGUUAACUAAUGUUACUUCCACAAGAUAUGUGAAUUUGCUGCUUCUGAGAGGCAAUGUGAAAAAGGAAGUAUUACUUUUAUGUACAAAGUUAUUUAUUUAUAGAAAUUUUGGUACAAUGUACAUUGAGAAACAUGUAAAAUAUUGAAGUGUCUAACAAUGGCAUUGAAGUGUCUUUAAUAAAGGUUCAUUUAUAAGUGUU